GGCCGCGCCGCCGCCCCCGCCUCCCUCCGUCCGCCCGCCGGUCCCUCCCUCCCGCUCCCGCUCUCCUUUUGUGAGUUAUAGCAACCGUUGCCUUGUGAGUCGAGCGCCAUAGUCACCGUAGUCCUGGCGACUGUUACCCAUCAACAACAGCCGCUCCGCUCCCGCUCCUGCUCCUCCUCCUCCUGCCGCUGCUCCGCACCCCCUGCCUCACCGUCACCCACCACAACAACAACAACAACAACAACCGCAGCCGCCGCCAGCAGCAGCAGCGACAGCGGGAGCGCCGCCGCAGCCCGCCCCGGCACAGAUAUCCAGUGUAAGAUACGGGAUUUGUCUCACAUUGGAACUACCAAUGAGUGUGCCUGGGGCAAUUUUUUCAAGCAGAGAUCACAAUGCAGACAUCAGAGACUGGGGCGGAUACAGGUUCAACUGUGACUUUACAGACUUCUGCAGCUGGCCAGGCAGCAGUGCCCACACAGGUAGUACAGCAAGUACCAGUUCAGCAACAGGUACAGCAAGUACAGACUGUGCAACAGGUACAGCAUGUCUACCCAGCCCAGGUUCAGUAUGUGGAGGGAAGUGACACAGUCUACACUAAUGGAGCUAUCCGAUCAGCAACUUAUCCUUACACAGAAACCCAGAUGUACAGUCAAAACACUGGGGGAAAUUAUUUUGAUACUCAAGGAAGUUCUGCACAGGUGACAACAGUGGUCUCGUCUCAUAGCAUGGUGGGCACUGGAGGGAUUCAGAUGGGCGUAACAGGAGGACAACUCAUUAGCAGCUCAGGAGGGACCUAUCUGAUUGGCAAUUCAAUGGAAAAUUCUGGUCAUACAGUGACUCACACAACGCGGGCCUCCCCAGCGACAAUUGAAAUGGCGAUUGAGACACUGCAAAAGUCUGAUGGUCUGUCCACUCACAGAAGCUCUCUUCUCAACAGCCAUCUUCAAUGGCUUUUAGACAACUAUGAAACUGCAGAAGGAGUGAGCCUUCCAAGAAGUACCCUUUACAAUCAUUACUUACGACACUGUCAGGAGCACAAGUUGGAUCCAGUCAAUGCUGCCUCCUUUGGAAAACUCAUACGGUCAAUCUUCAUGGGACUACGGACCAGAAGACUUGGAACUAGGGGGAACUCCAAAUAUCAUUACUAUGGGAUUCGUGUCAAGCCAGACUCUCCUCUUAAUCGACUACAAGAGGACAUGCAAUAUAUGGCCAUGAGACAACAGCCCAUGCAGCAGAAACAGAGGUAUAAGCCUAUGCAGAAAGUGGAUGGAGUUGCAGAUGGCUUCACAGGAAGUGGUCAACAGACAGGCACAUCUGUUGAACAAACUGUAAUUGCCCAAAGUCAACAUCAUCAACAGUUCCUAGAUGCAUCUCGAGUACUGCCAGAGUUUGGAGAAGUUGAAAUGUCUUCUCUGCCAGAUGGUACUACCUUUGAGGACAUCAAAUCACUACAGAGUCUUUAUCGAGAGCACUGUGAGGCAAUACUGGAUGUGGUUGUUAAUCUUCAAUUCAGCCUGAUAGAAAAAUUGUGGCAAACUUUCUGGCGCUAUUCUCCUUCUGCUCCACCUGAUGGCACUCCUGUUAAUGAGCCAAGCAAUCUGAGUGAAAUAGAAAGUCGACUUCCUAAAGCAAAGCUGAUUACCCUGUGCAAGAAUGAGUCUAUUCUGAAAUGGAUGUGUAACUGUGACCAUGUGAUGUACCAGGCUUUGGUGGAGAUUCUCAUUCCUGACGUCCUUAGACCUAUUCCUAGUGCCUUGACCCAAGCCAUUCGCAAUUUUGCAAAAAGCCUUGAAGGUUGGCUUUCAAAUGCCAUGAACAAUAUUCCACAAAGGAUGAUACAAACCAAGGUUGCCGCUGUAAGUGCCUUUGCCCAGACUCUGCGAAGAUACACAUCUCUUAAUCACCUGGCUCAAGCAGCUCGUGCUGUGCUUCAAAAUACUUCUCAAAUCAACCAGAUGCUCAAUGAUCUCAACCGUGUUGAUUUUGCCAAUGUUCAGGAGCAGGCUUCCUGGGUGUGCCAGUGUGAUGACAACAUGGUUCAGAGACUCGAAACAGAUUUCAAGAUGACUCUUCAACAGCAGAGCACCCUGGAGCAGUGGGCUGCCUGGCUUGAUAAUGUAAUGAUGCAAGCAUUGAAACCAUAUGAAGGAAGACCCAGCUUUCCUAAAGCAGCACGGCAAUUUCUGUUAAAAUGGUCUUUCUACAGCUCAAUGGUGAUUCGGGAUUUAACCUUGCGCAGUGCUGCUAGCUUUGGCUCUUUUCAUCUGAUCCGCUUGCUUUACGAUGAAUACAUGUUUUACUUAGUAGAACAUCGUGUUGCUCAGGCAACAGGAGAGACACCUAUUGCAGUUAUGGGAGAGUUUGGUGAUUUAAAUGCUGUGUCCCCUGGAAAUAUGGAUAAAGAUGAGGGCAGCGAAGUUGAAAGUGAAAUAGAUGAAGAGCUGGAUGAAAGUGGAGAGCCACAAGCUAAGAGGGAGAAAACUGAGCUAAACCAGGCAUUCCAGGUGGGCUGCAUGCAGCCAGUGCUUGAGAGUGGAGUACAGCAGAACCUCCUGAACCCAAUUCAUAAUGAGCACAUUGUUGCAACUACUCAGACUAUCAGACAAUGCAGUGCUACUGGAAAUACAUAUACUGCAGUCUAAUGUAAAACUUCCCCUGGCCUCCGACACACACUCCAUUACAUUAGCUGUUUAGGUUUAAUACGAAAAAGAAAAAAAAAAAUUCCGAAGGUUGACUGUUGUCAAAUGUAACUGUUCUGAUCAUUAUUUUGUUGGAGUUGUUAAAUGGAAUGGGUGUACGUAUUUUGCCAGGUCUGUUUAGAAACAAAAAAAUUUUUGUAAACAAAACCAUUUUACUUUUGGCCACUCAAUAUGAAGAGGUUUCUUUGUAUCAAAUGCAAGGAGGAUUUUUGCAAAGUUUAAUGUUAAUGUUUUGUCCUCUUAUAAUAAUUUAAAUUUUUUUCAUAGUUUUAAAAAUAUUUUAAUGUUAAUUAUUAGUUAUUAUGCUGAUUUCAUAUAGUUAGGUUUUUAAUUAGAUGCACUUCUGUGAAAUAUCAAAAGAACUAUUUUCUUUGAUUUACACUGGAGGCAUACUUAUUUGACAGCAGAUGUAUCAAAUUUGUUAUAAAAGGUGCUUUUCAUCGUACUACGAGAAGACACUAUUUUGAUAAAAUUGUGAGUAUUCAGGGGGAUUUUUUGUAAUAAUGCUGGAGAGUUGAGAAGAUCUCCUAGUUUCUUCCUGUGAGGAAGAAGCUGUUUAAAAGACAGAAUGUGGUAAUCUGUAUGGCAUAAAUGUACCUAAUUAUCUGAACAUGAUGUAAACAAUGCAAGCUUCAUUUAAAAUCAAUGGUUUCAGAUAUUAUUUGCAUACCAGUUCCUCUGUUUUGCAGACUACUGAUUCUAUAUGUGAGGCCACUGAACAGAUGCUUUUGAUUGUUCAGUGGCACUGUAGUUGUUAGAAACCGAAGCUAAAAAAGAAGUGACUUGAUUAUUGUUAAUUUUAAGUGUAUGUGCUACUUAUGCUGAACUGGACAUACAGGAAAACAUUCCAUUUGGAUGACUUUCUUCUAUUCCAGGUCUUUUCCUACUAGUGGUUCAAUCUGCUGCUCUUAGAAAAAAUGAUUUAUAGAAUGCAAGGAAUGUAGCAACCUGCAUAAUUUUCCUUUCAAAAACAUUUCCUUGUUGUUAAAGUGGAUUUAAAUUUUUACAAAAAUUAGACAAGGCAGUGUAACUGGCACACCUCACUUGUACCUAUUUCCAAUUGUGUAGAAUUUGAAUAGGUGGCUAGAUGGACCAUUGCCAUUUAAGAAUGUACAUCAGGGAUCAUUGUACCUCGGCUAUUACAUGGUGCCUUAAACAGAACUGAAGCUAAGACUUAGUACUUUUUGUUAUUCUUAACUCUUAAAUUAAUUCAACAUGGUGUGCCUGUCAUUUUCAAAUUCCCUAAGAAGUAAGGACAGGUUACACAGCCUUCAAAAGAAUAAAAGGAUUUUUUUAUUAUUAAAUAAUUUUAAUAUCCCUCUUAGAAUGACAAUAGACCUAUUUUUUCUUGUUUCUAGCUGGAUUUCACUUUAAUAGAAAUAAAAUUUGCUUGGGAAUUUGGAAAGCAAAACUAGCUUUAAUACCAACUUCAAAUGUCAAAAUAGAUUGACCAUAGUCCCAAGCACGAUUAUAUAUUUUCUAAACCCUUGCCUACUUUUAAUUUUAAAAACUAAAAAGAAAUAAAUGAGCAGGUACAUAAUGCAGUGCAUGUUUUCAAUUUCUAUAUUUUGUGGUGUAUCAGCCAGAUAUUACAUUUUAAUGGUUAAAUAGUAUCAGUUUAUAGAGACCAUAUUAAUUGACAUUAAAGAACUCAAGUUUUUCUUCAGAAACAUUUCAUUGUGCAGACACAUGAAUUUGCUACACUAAAGUAGUGGAAUUAAAUAGGAAAAAAAUAUCCAAAAAGUGAAUGAGAACACAAAAAUAUCAACCUUACAGGAAAGACUGUAAAAAAAAUGGAUUAUUUUAUUCUGGUUUAUAUAGUGUGUCUGGAAAUGAUUUUCAAGUCACAUAUACCAAAUGGGAGAAGAGCAUGUAAAAUGGAAGUGUAUUUAUAGCAAACAAGUUUGUUGCUAGAGUUUACAUAUGCUCCAAAUACAGCUACACAUAAACUAAAAUGUCCUAACAUUAUUGGUGCACAAAAAAAAAUUUAUUUCCUUUGCAGAAUUGUGAACUCAUGCACCUCAUUUUGUGUAGGCAUAAUUCCUACUAAUGUCAGUAGACGGCUUUUGCCUCAGUAAAAAGUAAAAGUGACAUUUAUAUUCAUUAUUUCUAAACUCAUAAAUGCACUGAAUCUCAUUAUAGAUUUUGUUGUCACAUAUAUCGCUCAGUGUGUCCUGAUUUUUCCUUAGAAAUCAGCACAUCUGUACCCUUCACCAAAAAUGCUAAAACUAAGCUGUGAUAAAUAUUUACUCCCCUUCAUUGUGCAUUAUAAGAUGUUUACAAGUAAAAUAAAGUGAAAUAAUUCAA